AGCCGACUUGCGAUCGAAAAGUAUUGAUCAAACAUCGUCAUGUCAUGACAAUUUAAUAUUUUCUGUCAAAUCAGUUUCCAUUUUCAUCUUUUGCUAGUUCAUCAUUAACUUUAUGAUGUCAUCUUCAUCAAGAUCAGAUAACCACAGGUUGUAUGCGGAGCUCCAGAAUGCCAUAGAAGAGGACAAACUCUACUGGCUUCGAAACGAAGCAAAGAUAAAAGCAGCUGUUACAAGCAAAUCAUAUGAUGAAUUCAGGGAAUUGGUUGCAGCUGCUCAUUUGAAAGCUUUGAAAAAAGAAGAUAAAGAGAGAAAACAAAGAUCAUGGCAAACUUUGACAGAUUUUGAAUAAUUCCAUACAUGUUUGUGGAUUUUGAUUAUUUGAUAAAGAACAUGAUUUGA